GAAAACAAGGGACCACAGAGCCGCUCAUUCGAUCGUUUCGGGCCCCGGGCCACUCGAUACCGCUGUCCUAUGCGUUCUCGCGCGACCGGGACGAAAUUGGUUUGACCUUUCAAUACAGCCCCACCACGAUGUACAAAGUCACCGAGACGGGCGUGGACCGUGUCGACCAUGCCGACCGCGAUAACCUCGACGACCGUGAAGAUCGUUAUAACAGUGCCAGCGACUCUAGCAGCACUGCCAACACAACGGGACGGAAGGUCCACCUGCUGAUGGCCACCGUUCUCUCCCACGACGGCUUGCGGGCGGCCACGGCCAAUGAAGACGGUGAAGUCCAACUCUGGAAUAUAGCCUCGCAUGGCACAGAUGCCACGUUGUGGCGCACCAUGAGGGGCCUACGCUCUGAGGUCAACUGGCUCAGCUUUUCCAGCGACGACGCACUGCUCCUGGCGUGCCUGGACAAUGGCCAGACCGACGUCUGGGACACGGAUACGGGUAAGCGUGUCGCCGUCCUGGGCGGCCACAGCUCGUGGGUUCACUUUGCCGCCUUUGCGCCGGAUGAUAAGCUCGUGGCCACCGCAUCGUACGAUGGGUUGGUCCGCCUCUGGGAUCUGGCCGCAUGCCGGGCCAUGU